UGUGGCAAUGGCUGGGUGGAUGUCGGAGAAGAUUGUGACUGUGGUGCCUUUCCAAAAGAUAUUUGUUCAACGAAGUGCUGUGACAUGGCGGCAUGCAGGUUCACAUCUGGCUCCAAAUGUGCCACGGGGUUAUGCUGCGAUCUAAAUAAUUGCAAGAUCAGAAAAGCUGGGACCCUCUGCAGGCCAUCUAGUGAUGAAUGCGACAUAGAAGAUCUCUGUGGCGGUCGGUCGAAUCUGUGCGCCGACCUCGUAAAAACCGAUGGCACAAUGUGU